AUGGCACCCAAGAAGAGGCCUGCUUCUGCCAGGGAUGGCACAACCCUGGCCUUGCCACCUUCUGCUUCACCAAAAGCAAAGGCAAAGACUUCAAAUGAAGCCAUUGGCUCUGAUGAGAAUAAUGACAAAGACAGCUUAUUUGCAGAACCAGGAGAUGAAGAAACAAAACCUGGUGACAACACAGAGGGAAAGGAGGAAGAACCAGAGGACAGUGCACACAAUGCAAAGCCAACGCCAAAGCCAAAAAAAACAAAGAAAAGAGAGAAACAGGUAAAGAAGAAAGAAGAGAAGAAAGCAGUGCAAAAGAAGAUGAAAAGGCCUGCUGCUGCCACAGGAGAUGAUGAAAAAGAGAAGAAAGAAAGUGCCAUUCCUGACCACAUUUGGGAGAUGUUUAGCAAAGAAGCUGCCAAGCAUCCCAAACCACGACAGUUCAAGACCAAAUUGAUUAACAAGCUCUUCAAAGAGGAUGGAAGUGGAGGCUACAUUAUGUGUGCAGAAGAUCCUUGGUUCCAGCAGCAGAAAGAGAUUUUCCAUAAGAGGUAUGGAAAAGAUGAACAGCAGGGAACACCAAAGGAUGUGUUUCUGUACCAAGUGUUCCAUGGCAACAAAGAGGCCUUGGAUCAGGCCAUCCAGAAUGGCAGUGUUCAACAGUGGCAACAGGAUGGUGUUCCUUUCUGUGGUUGCAGAAAGACAAAGGCAGGAGUUGAAAACGCAAGGCAAGACACUACCAAGAUUGGUGCCAAAGAAGUUAAGCUGGAUGGCUCCCAGUACCAGGCACUGAGCAAAGCCUUCAAAACCCUUUCCUGGAGCUUUGGUGACCAGCAGCUGUGUGAUGGGGGUACUGGUGGUGGAGCUCCAUCAUCUAGCUCAGGGCAGAAUAGGGCAGUCGAGGAUGUGGGCUUGACCAAAGAGAUGAUCACAACUCUCCAAGAUGCUAAAAACGCACAAGAAAAGUUGCAUGCCACAGCCAUGAAGCUGCUCAACAAGUGUUCUUCAGUGGCUGACCAGCAGGAGUUCAAGGCUACAGUGAAAGCUUUGAAAGACUGGUCACAGAAGAAUGAGUAUGUCCUGGCCUGGAAGAGGGAGCUGCCAGAUGAAUCCCCUUUGACACCAACCAACUUUCGAGCUUUCAUCACCGACCAGGCUGACUCAACAAGGAAAUUGAAUGAGGAAGUAGAGAAGUUCAAGGCUUUGCUGAAAACAAGAGGAGAGUUCUGA